CCUCUUUUCCCUCUUCCUUUUUCCCAACCCGUCAUAUAUAAAUAUCUUGUACAUAGGGCUGGUGCUUGAACUUCUUUGCAUAUCUUGGUUUCCCACAUUCCAGUUCACCUCUCCUACCCGAACCGUCCAUACCAAACACCAUCCUAAUCCUACUCUGCUCCACCCACACUACAUCACGACUUACCAACAAUGGACAUGAGCUCUAUGACCGGUAUGGACAUGGGGACCACCUCCACUACCAUGUCCGGCAUGUCAAUGGCUACCACCACCGCUGCCUCCGCAUCGUCCACUAUGGACAUGUCUAUGGGCUCCUCCACCUCUACCUCUAUGUCCAUGCCCAUGUCCUCCUCUUCUUCUUCUAUGUCCAUGUCAAUGUCAAUGGUCUUCAUGAACGCCCACGACACCCCCCUCUUCUCCAACCAAUGGACCCCCUCGUCCAGCGGUACCUAUGCCGGUACCUGCAUCUUCCUCAUCGUCCUCGCCAUCAUCUCCCGCUGUCUGGCCGCCUUCAAGGCCCUCAUGGAACGCCGCUGGCUUGACGCCCACGUCAACCGUCGCUACAUCGCCGUCGCAGGGAAAUCCACCGAAGCGGGUCGCAUUGACUCGGAUCCCGAAUCCAAAGAAGCCAGUCUCAUCACAGCCCAAGGUGUCGAGGAGAAAGUCAAGGUCAUCCGCAAAGCGGCGCGCGAACCACUCCCUUGGCGUUUCAGUACGGAUCUUCCUCGCGCGCUGCUCUUUCUUGUCAUCACGGGUGUCUCUUACCUACUUAUGUUGGCCGUCAUGACCAUGAACAUCGGAUACUUCUGCUCUGUCCUCGCCGGUGCCUUCCUGGGCGAGCUUGCCGUGGGACGCUUCAUUCAGUGGAACGAGCAUGAACAUUAGUCCUACCCACAUACAUAUCCAUUUCGGGUUACUCGAACAUAACGACUUCGAUUCUAAUGCACGGUGUUUUCGGUUCGGGUGUUGGGUCUGGCGUUGCAUUGCAUUGCAUUCAUUUCAUAUUACUGGGAUAGCGAGCCUGUGACAUGUGCACUGUUGGCUUUUUUUGGGUUUUUGUCAGAUACCACAUUCCGCUUAUUGGUUUUUUUUUUUUUUUUGGAUCUCUGCUCUGUCUCUUUUUGGCCCUUCCAUUGGUGAUACCAUUACAGUCGAAGGGGGGUGUGAUUAGCUUAGACUCCAGUACAUAGAGAUAAUGUCGUGGGAGUGUUUUGGACAGUGUCGGCAUAAUGGGACAUGAGUUUGGU